UAAAGUGGUGAAGCUAAUUACCCGUCAUCCUUGAAAUGGAUAUAUCCCAUGCAGGCCCAGUAACAUGACCCAAUUUGCCUAAUGGACCUGUAACCCCUCAACAUUUCUCGCAAAAACCCUAAAAUUGAGACGCACUAUAAAUUCUCACCUGUGAAAGAUUAGGGUUUCUCUUCACUGCUAUAUCGUCGUCUCACUUGCCUUCAGAGGAUAACCGGAGCGGCGACCACCUUGCUUGACAAAAUGGCGCAAGAAUCACUUGUCCUUCGCGGCACCAUGAAAGCCCACACCGAUUGGGUCACUGCCAUCGCCACCCCAAUUGAUAACUCUGACAUGAUUGUUACUUCCUCCAGGGACAAGUCCAUCAUUGUCUGGUCUCUCACCAAGGAUGGCGCACAGUACGGUGUCCCCCGCCGCCGUCUCACAGGCCACGGCCACUUUGUUCAGGAUGUUGUUCUCUCCUCCGACGGUAUGUUUGCUCUCUCUGGUUCUUGGGAUGGAGAGCUUCGCCUUUGGGAUCUUCAAGCCGGCACUACUGCUCGCCGUUUUGUUGGUCACACUAAGGAUGUUCUCUCCGUUGCUUUUUCCGUUGAUAACCGUCAGAUUGUGUCCGCUUCACGGGACAAGUCUAUCAAGUUGUGGAACACUCUCGGUGAGUGUAAAUACACCAUUCAGGACGGAGACUCACACUCCGAUUGGGUUUCGUGUGUGCGUUUCAGCCCAAACACUCUCCAGCCAACUAUUGUUUCUGGUUCCUGGGAUCGUACUGUGAAAAUCUGGAACCUUACUAACUGUAAGCUGCGUUCGACUCUUGCUGGACACUCUGGCUAUGUGAACACUGUGGCAGUGUCACCUGAUGGUUCCUUGUGCGCUAGUGGUGGCAAGGAUGGAGUUAUUUUGCUCUGGGAUUUGGCUGAGGGGAAGAAGCUCUACUCGCUUGACGCUGGCUCCAUCAUUCAUACUCUCUGCUUUAGUCCUAACAGGUACUGGCUCUGCGCAGCCACCGAGUCUAGCAUUAAGAUUUGGGACUUGGAGAGCAAGAGCAUCGUGGUUGACCUUAAAGUUGAUCUCAAGCAUGAGAGUGAGAUGGCUAACGAAAGUGGAACUGCACCAAAAACCAAGGUCAUUUACUGUACCAGUUUGAGUUGGAGUGCUGAUGGCAGCACACUUUUCAGCGGAUAUACAGAUGGUUUGAUUAGGGUUUGGGGUAUUGGGCGUUACUAGGAAUUGCAUCUAGGCAAGCUUUUUGGCUAUAGUCUCCAUUAAGACGUUUAGAUUGUUCUUGAAAAUGUAUCUGGAUUCUGUUUGAGAGUUUUGAUGUUCCAUUUUUGGAGUUCUGUUUAGAAUUUCGUUACAAGCUUGUGUUGCUGUUAUUCCUCCCUGGCUCCUCCUGUUAUGUUUUCAAUCCUUUGACCUAAUACAUGGUUGGAUAAGAACCUGCAAGUCACCUUUUUGAAUUCAUAUUCAUUGUCCUACUAGUGAAA